UAUAUUUUUUACAUCGUUGUUUGUCAAGUGAGCAAACCGCUGGGUCUGCCUCUUUUGGUGGCGAUUAAAUAAAUAAUUAAACUGUGAUAUAUCAUAAGCGACAUUUUGGAGGGGAGCAGCGCGUGUCUGUCCCGUGUCGGUAGCUGUCGUUCGGCCCGGAGGAGGAGGAGGAACUCGGUCUAAUCGGACAUCACAUCGCGCUGGCCUGGCACGGAGAAGAGAGAGGGGGGGGGACAGGAACAGGGAGAGCCGCUAAACUACUGAAUAUUUUAUCCCUCUCGACUAUUUUUGUGGCAGAUUUUGUGCCUCCCGGUGCCUCGGACGAAUAAACGCGUGUGUUUGCGUUGGGAGUGGAAAUCGGGAUUGACAUACAAAAUAAAAAGAGAAGAGCUGUCUAUCUUUUUUUUUUCCCCCCUUUCCCUUUUCCGCUGCCGCCCCCUUUCCUCCCUCCCUUCGCUAAACGCGCACACACACCGGCCCGGGCCAGCCGAGGACUCCCAAAUCCUACCGGGCAUCGAGGCUGGCACACGGCGGGGCACCGAGAGCUCUCUGCCCGCUCUGACUUGCCCUGCUGCCUCGUUGGUGACCGGGUCUUUCUUCCACUUAGACGUCAACCGGCGAGACAUCGGCUCGGCUAGACUUUCAUAUCCUGUGGUGCUGGGCAGAGCGUUAUGGCUCAGACGCUGCAGAUGGCGAUCCCUAACUUUGGCAACAAUGUCCUGGAGUGUCUGAAUGAGCAGCGGCUGCAGGGCCUCUACUGUGACGUCUCCGUGGUCGUCAAGGGACAUGCCUUCAAGGCCCACCGUGCGGUGCUGGCAGCCAGCAGCUCCUACUUCCGGGAUCUGUUUAACGCCGGAGGGAAGAGCUCGGUGGUGGAGCUGCCCCCAGCCGUGCAGCCGCAGAGCUUCCAGCAGAUCCUGGCCUUCUGCUACACAGGACGCCUCAGCAUGAACGUUGGAGACCAGUUUCUGCUCAUGUACACUGCUGGCUUCCUCCAGAUCCAACAGAUCAUGGAAAAAGGCACAGAGUUUUUCCUCAAGGUGUCGUCUCCAAGCUGUGACUCUCAGGGUCUCCACACCGAGGAGACCCCACCCUCUGAACCUCAGAGUCCCGUCACUCAGACCGUGGGAGGGGGCGGAGUCGGUGUCGUCGCCACCGCCGCAGGAAGACCCGCCUCUUGUCUGACACCCCUCCCCCUGGUGUUGAAGGUGAAGACAGAACAGACCGCCAGCACGCCUCAGCCCACUCCACAGCCACAGCAGGAGGGGUCCAUGUACUCAGUGGUCUGUACGCCUGUGGCCAAGCGGCUCUGGGAGGGGGGCAACCGUGACGGAGGAGGGGGGUCAGGAGGGGGCGGGGGUGGCGUAAUGAGGAAGGCUGCACGCUACUCUUCUUCCUCAUCCUCCUCCUCAUCCUCCAACACUGCUACCCAGGAUGCCUCUGGGCGUGGACCAGCUGCCAACGCCAACGUAGCAGGGGGCGGAGGCGGGGCCACCAUGGUGGGAGGAGCCGGACUCAACAGUAACCAUAACAACAAUAACAACAACAACGGCGGGACCCCAGAGGGCACGAGCCCGGGCACACUGAGCAUGUACACCAGCGACUCACCCAUCAGUUACCACGACGACGAGGAAGAGGACGACAUAGCGGAUGAUAGCGCCGAAGAGCAGUACAGACAGAUCUGCAACAUGUACACCAUGUACAGCAUGUUGAACGCCGGAGCCGCAGUGGUCGGGGAGCGGGUGGAGGCUCUGCCAGACCUGGCCCCAGACUCUGGCGGCGGGCGGGGGGGCAGAGGGGGGCGCUCUCGGCAAGACCUGGCCUCCCUUCCCGCCGAGCUCAUCAGUCAGAUCGGCAACCGCUGCCACCCGAAACUGUACGAGGAGGGCGACCCGGCGGAGAAGCUGGAGCUGGUGAGCGGUACCUCGGUGUUCAUCUCCCGCGCUCAGCUCAUGAACUGCCAUGUCAGCGCCGGCACACGCCACAAAGUCCUCCUCCGACGCCUGCUGGCCGCGUUCUUUGACAGGAGCACUCUUGCAAACAGCUGUGGAACUGGCAUCCGCUCUUCAACCAACGACCCCAGCCGUAAACCGCUGGACAACAGAGUGCUACACGCUGUCAAAUUCUACUGCCAGAACUUUGCACCGAGCUUCAAGGAGAGCGAGAUGAAUGCCAUCGCAGCCGACAUGUGCACCAACGCCCGCCGCGUCGUCCGUAAGAGCUGGAUCCCUAAGCUUAAACUGCUGAUGGCAGACAGCGAUGCCUACUCCGCCUUCCUCGCCGACAGCGUGAAGAUGGAGGCCGACGCUCUGGGGGCGGAGCAAGGCUUUGACCCCACCUCCCUGGAAGCUGUGGCGGCGGCAGCAGCGGCGGUGGCCUCCAACAAUAAUGAAGCGGGAGGUGGAGCUACUGCGGCGGACGCCCUCCAGGGGGCGGGAGGAGACGGCAGCACUUUGUUUUGAGUGAGUGAAGGGACGGAUCGACGAACGAACAGAUGGAGGGAGGGAUGGCGUUUCUCUGGGGGCGACGAAUAGAAAACGGUGACCGCUGUGGUCGUGAUGACAGUUGUCACGUGUCCCCUCGCCGCUGUGUGUUUGGGGAUUUGUUUUCUUCUUUUGGUCAGUUGUGCUUUUUUCUGCUUUUGUCUUUCGUUCGUCCGCGUCUCUCUCUCUCCACGGCCCAGAAUGCCUCACUCCAGUUUCCUCCUUUUGCGUUUUGAUGGAGAGAGAUAGACAGACAAACAGAAAGUUUGCAGAGGGAGGAGGCGGAUGUUUAGCCCCCCCCACCCCCACCGCCGCUGCCUCAUCUCUCUGCUUCUGUCUUUUAAAACCUGAUUGUUUCAGCCUUUAUUUUUCUGUUUUAAAGCGUGUACUGUCAAUAAGGCCCUUUUUAUUAAUGUAAUCAAUCACAGACAUUCCCUGGGGAGGGGGUGGGUGGGAUGGGAAAACAUGUUUGGGGCUCAGCUGAUGAUAAUCCAGAGUGAUUUUUCCUUCCCCAAACUCCGGUAACACUGUUGUUUUGAUAUUGAAUGUAUGCGUGGUGAAGCAUCCGAACCGCAGCGUUGUAAGUCAGUGGAGGAUGAGUGAGAUUGCACAAAGCCCUUUUCUUUUUUUUUUUUUUCUAAAUUCUAGUUUGUUUGUUGUUUUUGCUUUAUUUCAUCUGGAUGUCCAGAUGAUUACAGGGUUGAUGAAGUCAAGGGUGGAAGUAUUAAUAUGUAUAUCGGCUUUAUGAUCUCCCCCGACCCCACCAACCCUGAUGGCAUGCUGGGAAACUGGCCCACAAAGUGUAAAAAAAAAUAUUAAUAAUGUUGCGUUUGACUGUAACGACCGCCAUCAAACAGGACUGGUUGUGUGGCGGAGGUGAUCAGACGGGAAGAACAAUAAUUUGACUCCAAUCUUUAUCCCCCUAUUUGACCUUAAGUUACCAGUUUAACUUUUUUUAAUGUUAAAACUCUUAGUUCUGCUUUUGUGUGCGAUUUUUUUUUUUUUUUUUUUUACCACGGCUCCUGUUGGAGAGGAAACAUGUUACCAAUGAUUGUCAAAGAGUUUGCGUGUGAUAAAUGCACUGUUAUUUCCUGCGGUAUGAGUACAAUCGAACUACGUUUUUGUACGUAUCAGAAAGAGUAGAGGGGGGUGGUUUUAUUUAAAAAAUGCAAAAAAAUAAAGAGAAAAAAUACAAGCUUGAAUACAAUUUAUAUCUGUUCAUCACCCGUUUUUAAAAAUAUCUGAGGAAAUAUCCAAAAGCGAGUUUCUGCCUGUGAUCUUAGGAGCGAUCUCUGUGUGUUUGUGCGUGCGCGUGAAAGGACCGAUGAUGUUCUUUUUGUUUUGUUAUAAUAAUAAUAAUAAUUUUCUCUGAGAAUAUUUGCCAUCAUGCCCGUUUGCAGAACAAGUUUCCUCAGGCUCGGCUGGCUGGAUGCGUGCUCGUCUGGCACAGACAAAGGUGCUAAUACAGGCGUCGGUACGUGGCAGGGAGCUCUUUGUGAGUAUGUGUAGGUGUGUGUCUGUGCACGCGCGCCAUCAGUGCGUCUGUGCGCGCACGGCGGUCGAGAGUGAGCGAGCGAGCGCGGGAGGCCAGACGGCGUGUUUUCACACACGCUUGGUCGAUUCAUUCACUCAUCACUGCGGCGAGCACACAUACGAGCUAACACGCAUUUGGGCGCUGCCAGCUGCAUCAGCUACAGUACGCCCGAGCAACGUGGGAAUUAAAGGGGAAUUACACUGAAACGGAGCCGAACGGCCGUUUAUCACAUGUGAUCGUCGACUUAAAAUGCUCCGUGUUUAUUAUCUGAUGGAAAUAGACAGACCUUCCCUGCACUUGAGGUUUCAUUUGACGGUGAAGUCGUCACGUCCUUACGAGACUUAUAGAAAGAAAGCCGACAUAUCAUGUAAAUCAAAGAAUGUUGGCAUAGUAACAGCCCUGAAAGUCUUAUUACAGUCGGUUCACCUCAAUUACUGUGGCUGAAUGAUAGCUUUCAGAUAAAAGAAUAAGAAUACAGAUGCAGAUAUUUUC